UAAUCUAUCUAUCAGACAUAUUUGCUAAUGGGCAAAAUUUGUCCCCUGUUGUCUUUCCUCUACUCAGGUUCUUCGCAGUGGCCCCGAACAAGUGGACAGGGUGCCUUAUCUCCAAGCUACGAAGGCACCCUCCAUACUUUGGUGGGGGGAGGUCACCCUGAAGACGGCCUCUCCAACAAUCCUGGUCUUCUCCACAACCAUGUUGCUCUCCCUGCCCAGACCAGCUCGCUUCCUGACCUCAGCAGAGGACAGUCUUCAGAUGCCUUUAGCGGCUUGACUGGGGGCCUGGGAAGGGCCAGCGUCUCAUCUGGCACCAGUGAGAUCAAGCGGGAGGACAAGGAGGAUGACGAAAACACAUCAGUGGCUGACAAUUCAGAAGAGGAGAAAAAGGAACUGAAGCCAUCUCGAACCAGAACAAGUCAAGAUGAGGAUGAGGAGGACGACCUUCUUCCCCCAGAGCAAAAAGCCGAGCGAGAGAAAGAGAGGCGGGUGGCCAAUAACGCUCGGGAGCGCCUGAGGGUCCGCGACAUCAACGAGGCCUUUAAAGAGCUUGGGCGCAUGUGCCAGCUACACCUUAACAGCGAAAAACCACAGACCAAACUGCUAAUCCUACAUCAGGCUGUGUCGGUUAUUCUGAAUCUGGAACAACAAGUUAGAGAACGCAAUCUGAACCCUAAAGCAGCUUGCUUGAAACGUCGUGAAGAGGAGAAAGUGUCUGGCGUGGUGGGUGAUCCCCAGAUGGCACUUUCGGCAUCUCAUGCAGGAUUAGGAGAUGGGCACAACCCCGUGGGACAUAUGUAAAGGUGAUUUUUUUCCCCCCUUGACCUGGAAGCAGAUGUCUGUAGGAAGAAGUGAGGACUGGAUCAUUUUCACACCCCUGCUGGGUGUCCACGCCAGAAACUGCAGUCUUGUUGAAAUACUGACAUGGCAAUGGAAAUUCAGUGUGCUCGAAGGAACUUUUAUUUCCCUCCACCAGAAAGGAAAAAGCAACAACUUUAUCCAAAACACAAAACACAAAACACCCAACAGCAAAGAUUGCCUUAACUGUAUAUUCUGGAACUCUUAAUGCAUAUCCUUCAGUGGGAGGUGGGGGGAGACUAUAAGUGGCUUGUGUUCACAAAAGGCCAGCAGAAGAAAUUGUGCCUAUGCGUUUGUUUCUUUUUUUUUCUUUUU